UUGAAGAAUAACAAAGAGACGGUCUGUGUUUUCUGGGAUGUUGUUGGCAACAAAAGCACCUGGUCCAAAGAGGGCUGCAACCUGCUCAGUGCAAACAACACACACACCACCUGCGCCUGUAACCAUAUGUCCAGCUUUGCCGUCCUGAUGGCCAGGCAUGUCAGCCAGCAGGAAGACGGCGCCCUGAGCAUCAUCACCUACGUGGGCCUGUCCAUCUCCCUGCUGUGCCUCUUCCUCGCCAUCCUCACCUUCCUCCUGUGCCGCUCUAUCCGCAACGUCAGCACCUCCAUCCACCUGCAGCUCUGCCUCUGCCUCUUUGUGGCCGACCUGCUCUUCGUCACGGCAGUGGACAGUACCAGGCAUCAGGGCUGUGCGGUCAUUGCUGGCUUGCUACACUACCUCUUCCUGGCCUGCUUCACCUGGAUGUUCCUGGAGGGGCUGCACCUCUUCCUCACUGUCAGGAACCUGAAGGUGGUGAAUUACACCAGAGCCAGCCAGUUCAAGAAGAGAUACAUGUACCCGUUCGGCUACGGAUUCCCAGCCCUGAUCGUGGCUAUUUCUGCUGCAGUGCAUUCUGAAGGUUACAAAAAUUCCCAGCGUUGCUGGCUUAAAACAGAUAAUGGCUUUCUGUGGAGUUUUCUUGGACCGGUCUGCCUUAUUGUUUUGAUGAAUUGUACGUUUUUUAUCACAACCCUCUGGAUUCUGAGAGACAAAAUCUGCUCCCUCAAUUCGGACGUGUCUACCGUCAAAAACACAAGGUUGCUGACAUUUAAAGCAAUUGCCCAGCUUUUCAUCCUGGGCUGCACUUGGAGCUUUGGGUUCCUACAGGUCGGCCAAGCAGCCACGUUCAUGGCGUAUUUAUUCACCAUUGUCAACAGCCUGCAGGGAGCUUUCAUCUUCCUGGUGCACUGUCUCCUCAAUCAUCAGGUGAGAGCGGAGUACAAGAAAUGGAUUCAAAGGAUUGAAAAACCCAGCACCAGAACUACGACUCUUGAGAUCUCGAUGUCAGCUGCCCCCCUUAGCACUGGAAUUGUGGAAUGGGAUAAGUCCUCCUGAAAAAUGGAGACGCCUAUUGCAUGUGGGGUGAAAAUCAAGUCUUGCUCAAUCCCCAGCACCAAAAGUCCACUCCUGUAGCCGGAAGAGGAAGCUGCUGAUCUUCAAUAUCCUCUGAUAGCUGCUACUCUGUAUCUUCUCCUUGUAUAGAGCAGGGGAAGGCUGCAUCUCGUGCGUUCUAUUGUUUUAGUACCUUUGGCUUCCCCCAAGUGGCUGCAAUCUCCUCGCUAAAAUUUUAAACGAGGGCCUGGCUGCUCCAGUUGAAGUCAACUGGAGUUUUCCCAGUAGAUCUCUGCUCCCCUCCCACUGAAGCCAAAGAAUCAGCAAAUCCUUCCAGUUAAUAAAAGG